CUCUCCUAUUAUCUGAGUGGCUGCAGGUACUGGUGUCUGCCUCUAUGCCUCUGUGCCAGAGGGAUAAAGAGGGAAAGAAAGAGGACUAGUGCUUCAUAUCCCCCCUUUGGCCUCCCCGUCUCCCUGCUCCCUGCCACUCCAUCCUUCCUUCCUCCCUCCCGGACCACCCGUCAGCGGCUGGAUCAACCUGCCCGGACCCUCAUCCCACAACCCCUUUGACUAUCCUCACUUCACCGUCCCGUCUUCUGAACUGUGUGCAGAAUCUUGGUUUGGAAGAGCAGAAGAAAACCUUUAAAUACAAAUUAAAAAAUAAACCUCCUGUACAAAAGAAACGGUGAGGUACACUGGACAGACAGAACUCUCUCAAGUCUUCUGGAAGUGUGGCAGCACGUGGUCACAUGACCUGGAAGAGAAAACCCAAGAGACUUCUGGGAUCCCUCUCUGAAUGGGCCGGUUAUCAACCUGGAAAGAAGUCUAAAGGCUGAUGAACUGAUCCGCACAGCGACACAGCUGCGCUCUCUUCCCCUCUUCAUCUGUCCAAUCUCUCCAUUUAUGUCCUGAGAUCCACAACUUUCUGCAACUCUGGUGACUGGUUGGCUGCUGUACCAUCAUUCUUGUCCUACUCCUGGGGAUUUCCUGUCACGUGACCAUAUUCCUGCUUCACCUCCACUCCUAGUAUGGAACUCAACAAAGUCCAGUCAGAGGGCGGGCUGAAUGUGACCCUGACCAUCCGGCUUCUCAUGCACGGCAAGGAAGUGGGAAGCAUCAUUGGAAAGAAAGGGGAAACUGUGAAGAAGAUGCGUGAAGAGAGCGGCGCUCGCAUCAACAUCUCAGAGGGAAACUGUCCUGAGAGGAUCGUCACCAUCACUGGACCCACAGAUGCCAUCUUUAAGGCCUUCGCUAUGAUCGCGUACAAGUUUGAAGAGGAUAUAAUCAACUCCAUGAGCAAUAGCCCAGCCACCAGCAAGCCCCCUGUCACUUUGCGCCUAGUGGUGCCCGCCAGUCAGUGCGGCUCCCUCAUUGGCAAAGGAGGCUCGAAAAUCAAAGAGAUGAGAGAGUCCACAGGAGCUCAGGUGCAGGUAGCAGGGGACAUGCUGCCUAACUCCACAGAGCGCGCAGUGACAAUCUCCGGCACCCCAGAAGCCAUCAUCCAGUGUGUCAAACAGAUAUGUGUGGUCAUGCUGGAGUCCCCACCGAAAGGUGCCACCAUUCCCUACCGCCCAAAGCCCGCCUCCACCCCCGUCAUUUUUUCAGGUGGCCAGGUAAGAGCCGAUCCGCUGGCGGCGUCCGCAGCCAACCUCAGCCUUUUACUGCAGCACCAGCCACUGCCUGCCUACACAAUUCAGGGACAAUAUGCCAUUCCACACCCAGAUCAGUUGACCAAGCUCCACCAGUUGGCUAUGCAGCAAACCCCCUUUACCCCCCUCGGACAGACCACCCCUGCUUUCCCUGGUCUGGAUGCCAGUCCCCCGGCCAGUACUCAUGAACUCACCAUUCCCAAUGAUCUAAUAGGCUGUAUAAUCGGGCGCCAGGGAACCAAGAUCAACGAGAUCCGUCAGAUGUCUGGAGCGCAAAUCAAAAUAGCUAAUGCCAUGGAAGGGUCAUCAGAGCGCCAGAUCACCAUUACAGGAACCCCCGCCAACAUCAGCCUUGCCCAGUACCUCAUCAACGCAAGGUUCAGAGACGUGGCCGCCAUGUGGAAUGACCCCUCAUCAAUGACUACAUCCUGAAGCCCCAAACUGCUUUCAUUAUCUGAAGCGAUCAGCAGCUGAUUCCCAGUAAACGUUAUAUAUAUAAUCUUCCCUUAGAACUCACCAACCUUACCCUUAAACCCCAUGGUCAACUUCAUCAAUAGCUACAUUCAUGUAGGCAGACUACUGAAAAAAAAAAAAAAAGGCAGGCCUUCAUGUUAUGCAGUGUUUUAGUAUAGUAUUUUAGCAUGCUGAAUGCUUGGGUCUUGUUAUAUAUUUAUUUAUUAUUUGAAAUUAGUUAGAUUAGUUCAGUGUGGUUGCUGCAUAAUAAUUCUUGUAGUUUGACGGCAAAGAUUAAAAAAAAAAUUGCAUCCAAUAGCAUUUUCUAGCAAUGCUGUUGGCAAGGAGCUAGUGAUGUGAUGCAGAUGUUGCAAUGAAGUACAAACGCAUGUCAGAAUCGAGGAGAUGUUGGAAACUGUUUCUUUAGAAGCGGAAAAGAUUUUAUUUUUACAUUUGACAGGAGCUUGAUUGUUUUCAGCUUAACCGAAUCGACAGUAAUGCAUGCUUAUUACUCGACGUGGAGAGCAACAAGACGGAAAAAGCUAUCAUUCUUGUACAGAAGUGUCAAAUGCUUUCAGAAUUAUUUUAUGUUAUCUAUUUUUUUUCUAUCUUUUCCUUACCCCUUCCCUUUUUCCUCUUCCCUUAACUAUUCUAGGCUGACGUCUGAGGUCACUGGAAUGGGCACUCUCUAAUUUCUACCCAUGAUCCUUCACUGCAUCACAUGACCCUUGAGCCAAUGGCAUUGCACCUAGUUUGUUUUAUCUCUGCACUUUUGCUGUCCUGUAUUUUCAGUAAUUCUGACUAAUUUCUAUUCUAUAAUGUGCACAUAUUUAAAAUCUCAGUUUGAUGUUCCUCCUACUCAGCCUUUGUUGUGCUCCUGAUGGUCCUUUAAUUAUUACCUUAUAAUUAUUUUAAAAGACACUUUACUUUUUUUUGACUCUCUAGUACCUCAUGUCCUGUUUUGCCAUAGCUUUCACUGUGAAUUCACAUUUUCUGGUCCGUAUUCUGUGGUGUGGUACAGCAAAGCCAAUGAAAUCCUCCACUUUCCAAUCUUUCAUUAGGUUAGAUUGAGUUUGUAAUUUUAAAAGCAGUGGUCCUGUGCUUUGCUCCAGGGCUUUGCUCACUGGGUACCUUACAACAGUGCAUCUCAUACAUGAAUAAUGAAACCAACUGAUGGAGUUGGAAUGUUUGCACCACGCCUGUACAAUUUGUUUGCAUCUGUCAUUGUGGCAAGCGGAGUAACACAGAGAAUCCAUUAUUAGCUUCUUGUAUUCACUUUCAGAACCGAGAGGAAGAA